AUGGAGAAGCCAACAGCCUCUACAGAGCCCCAAGGGCUUCGGCCAGUCCUGGGCCGUGAAAGUGUGCAGGUGCCUGACGACCAGGACUUCCAAAGCUUCCGGUCAGAGUGUGAGGCCGAGGUGGGCUGGAACCUGACCUACAGCAAGGCCGGUGUGUCUGUGUGGGUGCAGGCAGUGGAGAUGGACAGAACUCUGCACAAGAUCAAGUGCCGGAUGGAAUGCCGUGAUGUGCCAGCCGAGACGCUCUACGAUGUCCUACACGACAUUGAGUACCGAAAGAAGUGGGACAGCAACGUCAUUGAGACUUUUGACAUCGCCCGUUUGACAGUCAACGCUGACGUGGGCUAUUACUCUUGGAGGUGUCCCAAGCCCCUGAAGAACCGUGAUGUCAUCACCCUCCGUUCCUGGCUCCCCAUGGGCGCUGAUUACAUCAUUAUGAACUACUCAGUCAAACACCCUAAAUACCCACCUCGGAAAGACUUGGUCCGAGCUGUGUCCAUCCAGACGGGCUACCUCAUCCAGAGCACGGGGCCCAAGAGCUGCGUCAUCACCUACCUGGCCCAGGUGGACCCCAAAGGCUCCUUACCCAAGUGGGUGGUGAAUAAAUCUUCUCAGUUCCUGGCUCCCAAGGCCAUGAAGAAGAUGUACAAGGCGUGCGUCAAGUAUCCCGAGUGGAAGCAGAAACAUCAGCCACACUUCAAGCCGUGGUUGCACCCGGAGCAGAGCCCGUUGCCCAGCCUGGCACUGUCGGAGCUGUCCGUGCAGCACGCUGACUCCCUGGAAAACAUCGAUGAGAGUGCGGUGGCAGAGAGUCGGGAGGAACGAGUGGGUGGUGCAGGCGGCGAGGGCAGUGACGAUGACACCUCGCUUACCUGAGUGUGGUACUGCUGCAUGGACUGAGACAGGACUGGAGCGGAGCCCUGGGGUGUGGAUCCUCCUGCACCCUCUCCCCUCCCUUACCCACCUUCCUGGGGAUGCUGGGUUUGGCUCCCAGCACUUUGGCCUGGUUGGACACAGCCCCAAUAAAAGAUCCCACAGCCUCA